GUCGUCUGCAGACGCCCGCCCGUUCGCUCUCUCGCUCUCGCUCUCUCGCUCUCAGCUCAAGAUUAUCUUUGGCACUUGCCAACACUUACAUAACGGCGACUCAGGUUAAAUUCGGCAUCUCCCGUUGGUUUGUUUCGUGUAUAAAACGCGCCGUUGCAACGUUUGCCGAAUCAUUUACAGUUUGUCGUUGUCCCCAGCAGACGACCAAAAAGGGUACAGAAGUCAAAGGCAGGCACAUCCUGAACGUUAACAAAAUGGCGGCGUAUUUCAUACUGAGCGUUUUACUGCUCGCCAGUCCGGCCGCCUGGGGCAAGCCCACCUUUGGUCGGGAGCACGUCCAUAUACGCAUACACCUGCCCGAAAGUGACGGCGGCGGCGGCGGCGGUCAUGAUCAUGGCCAUGGUCACGGCGGCAGCGGCGGCGGCGGCGACUUUUCCGCUUACGAGAUACACGAUCAUGGUCAUGGCGGCGGCGGAGGAGGCGGCGGUUACGGAGGCGACGGCGGCUACGGAGGCGGCGGACAUGUAAGCACCUUUGCUAUCAUCACCGAGAAUCAUGGCGCCUCGGGUGGCGGUCAUUACGGCGGCGGCGGCGGUGGCGGCGGCGGCGGCUAUGGCGGCGGUUACAGCGCCGGCGGACAUGACCAUGGACACGAUGAGGCCAAGCUGGCAGUGAUUGCAGCUGCUGCCGGCGGCGGCGGCGGCGGUGGACAUGGCGGCGGCGGACAUGGCGGUGGCCAUGACAGCGGCGUGGCGCACAUUGCGGCCAUUGCAGCCAGCUCGGAUGCCUCCUCACAUGGCAGCAGCGGCUACGGCGGCUACAGCGGCGGCGGCGGCGGCGGUGGCGGUGGACAUGGUCAUGGUGUGGCUCAGAUUGCGGCCAUUGCAGCCAGCUCGGAUGCCUCUGCGCACGGCGGCGGGGGCUACGGCGGCUACAGCAGCGGCGGCGGCGGCUACGGCGGCGGUGGUGGACACGGCGGCGGUCAUGAUGAUGCGCACUUGGCCGCUGUGGUAGCUGCCUCCAGCUCCUCCUCUUCCUCGUCUGCCUCGCAUGGUUCCGGUGAUGUGGGCUACAGCAGCUAUGCAGCGCCCGCCAGCGGCUGGGCUGGCUCCGGCGUCAGCUCCGGCUACUCCGGCUACAGUGGAGGCAGCAGCUACAGCAGCGGCGGAGGCGGCUACAGCAGCGGCGGAGGCGGCUACAGCAGCGGCGGGGGCGGCUACAGCAGCGGCGGAGGCGGGGGCGGCUACAGCGGUGGACAUGAUGAUACCCAACUGGUUGCCGCAGCUGCUGCUGGCGGCGGCUCACAUGGCUCCGGCGGCGGCGGCGGCGGCGGUGGCUACAGCUACUCGGCGCCCACUGGCGGCUGGUCGGGCGGCGGCGGCGGAGGAUCCAGCUGGUCCUAGGCAGCAGCCAGGGUGGCCAUUGGUCGUCUAGUCUAUGUUCAUGUUCAUGGCCCAUUGGAUAUAAGUUAUGAUUCGCGCACAAACCAAGCACAAAGUUUGGCAGCCCAAGUCAAACCGAAAGCUACAUCAUCUCCUCCAGCAUCUGCAUCCACAUCCGCAUCUUCUUCGUAUUUAUAUAACUGGCUAAUUGGCCAGCCCAAUCUUGAAUAUGUCCAUGUGUACAAAAUAAAGUAUGUAGUGUA